AUGACUUCCGAGCUCGGGAGUUCCCCCAAGAGAGAACCAACUCCCACUCUCCCUUUGUCCUCGGUUCCGCAAAAACGCGCCCUUGAAGAAGGUCGUCACAGUCCUGUCGUCCCCUCACCAUUGAAUCCUGAAGUCAAGCCCUCCGACUCUUUGGCACCCGAAGAUGCUGCUCAAAAUGCUAGAUCCAAGUCUGCGCGAACAAAGAAGGAAACGCUCAAGAAACGCGAGGCCAAAGGAAGCGAUAGUGCUCGUGCGACACCUGAUCCAAAACCAAAAUCGAAGCCACAGAAGAAACAGAGCGAGUCGAGCCCAUUACGAUACAAGUUGGCGCUGCCUAAAUUGUCCGGCUUUGACCCUCCUCGAGGUCCUGUCAUGACGGCGCAUCACAAGGUUACGGUUCCAAGUGGCCAAACGGUAGAAUUCUUUGAGACAUCGGAUCAUGUUUCUAACAAGAAGAACUUCCGGUAUACUCACUGCAUCGCCGAUCCUCUCUUCCCGUCCAUGAUCUACUACCGAAGCACAGAACCAGAGCCAUAUGGCCCCCACAUGAGCUUCGAGGACUCAGCGGGGCAUGUUUAUUUUGAUAAGUCGGCUCGUCAAGUCACAACCGACAAAGGAUUUCGCAUGGCACGGGCAAACGUGGCUGUGAGGGAGGGCAGAUGGUACUGGGAGUGCAAAAUUACACAAGGGGUUCGGCCACCAAAAGAUGGAGAGACCAAACCGGAAGGAGGAAAGCAUGUGCGCGUGGGCUGGGCGAGACGAGAAGCAUCGCUUGAUGCGCCUGUGGGGUUUGAUGCUUACAGUUAUGGCCUCCGUGAUGUUGCGGGAGAAAAGGUGCAUAUGUCUCGACCUAAGCAAUUCUUUCCUGCCGGAGAAGGCAUUCGAGAGGGAGAUGUCAUCGGCCUCGAGAUUCAGCUUCCAUCAGAACAUCUGCACCGCAAGAUCAUGUCUGGACAGUACAAUCCAGUUGUUGAUCAAACCGAUGAGGGUCCUGCGCCCACCGCUGAAGGCCAUAACAUUGUCCGCGAUCGCGUUCCCAUACGCUUCAAAGCUCAUACUUAUUUCGAGAAGAUCGAGUACUUCCCCGCCAAAGAACUGGAAGAUCUUAUGAACCCGACGGGGGCGGGCGGUGGCUCUUCAGAAGAACCCGGUCCUAAUCACCCCCUUCCAAGUCUCCGCACGCUUCCCAAUUCUUGCAUCCGCAUAUACAAGAAUGGUGUUUUAAUGGGAACUCCGUUCAAGAACCUCCUCGGCUUCCUUCCACCAGCUUCGCGUCCUCAAGCCCAAGUUGGCGCUCGCGAAGGCCUCGACGACGGCAUGCUCGGAUAUUACCCUGCCGUAAGUGUCUUCCGUGGAGGCGCUGUGGAAGUCAAUUUCGGCCCCGAAUUUUGGUAUCCUCCUCCAGCCGAGACCACCGAAGAUGGUCCCGAUGAGGUCCGGUCAGGCAACGCUCUCUUGAACAAGGUGCACGCUUUGAGCGAGCGUUAUUGUGACCAAAUUGCAGAGGAUAUUGUCUAUGACAUUAUUGAUGAGGUGGACUUUUGGUCGCAAGAUGGAGGUGGGGCGACAGAUCGCCAAGGUGUGAGCGAUAAGAGUGAGGCCGUCGCCAUGGCCCCUGGGCGAGAAGAGAUCAAAGAAGUGGUUCAAGACGAUUAA